AUGUGGAGCAUAACACUGAUGGAGCCAGCACUGCAGCCGCUGAUGGUGACGAGGUUGGGGUCUCCACCAAACGCAGCGAUAUUCCUCUGGACCCAUUUUAAAGCAGCCACCUGGUCUUUGAAGCCGUUGUUCCCAGGGGCGAGGGCAUCUCCUGUGCUGAGGAACCCUGUGAAUAGAAAGUUGAAUACUAACCGUCUAGUA